UGGUCCUAAUUUGCCUUUCUUUUAAGGGAUCAGAAGCAAGCUGCUGGGAGCCAGUGUUUGGCCAGUAAAACGGUGCUCAGCACCUGGAAGGAGGCAAUGCCUGGGGAUGAUGAAGUGGGAUCUGAGCAGCGUGCAGCAAACGCUCAACAGGAAAGCUCCGAACCCGUGAGCGAGGAGAUGCUUCGCAAUGCCUACCAUCUCUCCCGGCUCCGGAGUUCCUCUGUGGAAAUACGGGAGAAAGGAUCGGAACGACUGAAGGAGGAGCUGGCAAAGGCACAGAGGGAGCUGAAGCUCAAGGAUGAAGAAUGUGAGAAACUAUCUAAAGUGCGGGAGCAAUUGGAGCAGGAACUGGAGGAGCUGACAGCCAGUCUGUUUGAGGAAGCACAUAAGAUGGUGCGGGAAGCAAACACUAAACAGGCCACAGCUGAGAAGCAACUCAAAGAAGCCCAAGGGAAGAAGCUUAUUUUGAGAUUGAUGCUGUCAUUAAUCCCUGUAUUCAAGUCUUGCCCAAAUUUGAAUAAGCCUAGUUUGGACUCGUGGAUCAUUAUUUCAGUAGGCAAUGUGUACACUGCUGUUGGCAAAUUGCAUUAUCAUAGCAGGAAGUUAACUCGUUUGGUGUUUUACCGUGCGAACCUUUUAUUAUUUCUCCACAGGAAAUGUGCACUAAGUGGCCUAUCCAGAACCUGUAAGCAUCGCAUCAAACUGGGGGACUCGGGAAAUUAUUUCUACAUUUCACCAUCCUGCAGGUCCAGGAUUACUGCUGUUUGCAAUUUCUUCACAUAUAUUCGUUAUAUCCAACAAGGUUUAGUCCGACAAGAUGUGGAACAGAUGUACUGGGAAGUGAUGAAGCUGAGGAAGGAAAUGUCCAUUGCUAAACUAGGAUACUACACCGAGGAGUCUUAAUCUCUGGGUUGGUGCCCCAGAUUCAGGACUAAGCUUCAAGUCAAGGGGCCAUUCAUUUAGGCAAUGUGGAAAAUGCCAUCAAAAAACAAACGUGAGCCUUUGCUUUCACGAAGAGCAGGAAAUGAACAGGAAGUGUGGUGAUGUAUCCAGGAAGAAUGAAUGACUGCCUCCAUGGCCUGGGCUAUAUUUUAAAAAAAAAAUAUUAAAUAUCGAGGAGUGACUAUGGAUAAUAUACAGGGUAAUCUUAUCUCGUUAGCCAUUGAUCAAAGGUCCUGUAAUUUGGAUCUUUGUCGCAACAAUCAAGAACUGUAAAACCACCACAAAUCAGUUUUUAUGCCUGUUAGGCCUCAGUGGCUUACUUCCUUUGUUUAGUUGGUAUAAAAUGGAGAAAGGUGGUUCUUGGAUGACCAUUUGAAGGAAAAAUAAAUUUUAUUCCUUUCAAUGCAUUAAAGUGGAACAUUGGGCUUCCAACGAGGGCAUUAAGCCCAGCCAUGAUUGGGGCAAUUUAUCUUGCCCUGUAUGGGGUGCGAUUCACCAGCUCACUUUUUUUAAAAAAACAAACUCAUGGGUAAGGCCAGUGUUGAGUUGGCUGAGAUAGUCCUGUUAUAUCACAUCAGAUAGCAGCAAUGAUGAUGCAGCAGAGAGGUCUACAGUGCAAGUAUAGAGACUGGUCCCAAAACAACCCACCCCCAACCCCAAAUUUCCCCUCUACAACUAGAUACUGGAAAGCCUCUUGCACCUACAAAACUGUUCCUCAACAAACUGGAACAGUUUCAAGAGGCCAGGGAAGGAGGAAUUUGUUUUGGUGGGGGGGUCAAUGGUGUUGAUAGAUGCAUGAAAAUGUCAUCAAUGUUGCACUUGUGCUAGUGCAAGGGGUGCUUAAUUAUAAGGAGGAGGUUCUUGGAGAUUACCAUAACUAUGAAGUGGUCUCAGUCAGUGAUUUGAUCCUAUCAAUUCCAUGAAUCAUUGAGAUGGCUGUCGUGCUUUCUACCAGCUCCUGAAACUCUGUUUGUCACUGUUCCUUUACAUAGUCCCACAAAAUUCACUUUCAACUGUCCAUGCUGUCGUCUUCCAGCUGAGAGCCAUUCGGCUAUGACCUGUUGGUUUAUUCACAUGUAAUAUGUUCGGUUACUCCAUUGUGUUGGACAGUCUAUGCUACCAGCUGAUAUUCAAUGUCAUUCUGGCUUUCGCUUCUGUACUUGUAUAGAGCCAAGGCCUACAGAAGUAUGGAUUGUGCACUAGACUUAACAUAUUCUUCUGUUCACAUUCCAUAGUGCAUCUCUCCUCUUCCAUAACCUUGCAAUGAUUUUUCGCAUCAUUUCCAUGAUGACCAGUCUCCUCAGCAAUAAAUCUCAUGACCUAUGUAAGGUUUCCAAAUGCCUCAUUGUGAUGCACAGAAUCCUGACAACCGGAGCCAAGACUUUCAGUUCUUAACCUUUGAUUGCAAACUGGCUUGAACCAAGUAUCAUUCCUCUACAUGUUUACCUUGUACUAGAGUAUUAUAAUCACUACAAAAUUCUUUAUAAUCCAUACAUUACUAUUGAAGGAGCACCAUCAAAUCGUUUGGCAAACAUUAAUCUAAAAUUAAUUUGUGCCAAUUUUCUUCCUCCUCCUUGUGUUCAAAGUGAAGCCUCUUGCCGGGAUGCAGCAGCAAUGGUUGCCCUCCAGCAUUUGGCCCAAGUGACUUGAGUGAUUGCUGCCAGGCAGUUCAAACUUAGAAAGUAUCACAGGAGGGACUGCUGUCCUGCUCUUAACCACCAAUGUACUUUCCAGCAGGGGUCACUGGAUAGUAAUCAGGAGGCUGGACCUCUGGUUCGACAAUCGGUUCUGAAGAAGGGUCACUGGACCUGAAGCACCAGCUCUGCUUCCUUUUCACAGAUGCUACCAGAUCUGCUGAGGUACUCCAGCAAUUUCUGUUUUUGUUUCUGCUUUCCAGGAUACAGAGUUCUCUUUUUCUUUUGUUGUAAAAAUAUCCUAUUGUGGGAGAGCUCAAAUGCCCAAAAAUGAGACAAUAUUUCUCCUGGCUCUUCCCGUUCCCUUCCCUUUCACCUAUUCUAUUCCCUGCAAAAGACAUGUUUGCCAAACACAUUUCCUAAAAGUUGUGCUCCUUUAAACUGCAUGGUGCAUGCUUAAUUUUUUUUAAUGACUUUUUUUUUUCCAGGUAUCAUUAAUUCCAGUGUUUAUUGUGGAACAUUGUUCACCACUUGCCAAUCUAAUGAUUAUUGGAUGUGGGGGAGCCAAGCCUCCCUGAAAGUCUGUUGGAACUUUCCUUCAAUAGACUGGACUGACUGUGUGGUUGUACAAAUGAUCAGUACAUUUCUACAGUGUAUGAAUAAAUACUAAUUAUAAAACUAA